AUGGCUCCCGUGGCAAACUCCCAUGGCCGCUCUCACAGCUUGCUUCUGCUUCAAAGGCUUCUGAAUUUUCGAGAUGCCGCCAGCCCUCUCACUCUCCUCCUCGAUAACCUUGAACAGCCCGCCCACCCAGUCAUCUCAGAGCUCAUGACCAGAGCAAAGCUGGCAAAGACGAAAAUCAUCUUCUUGUCCUUCUCCACAAUCCGCAAGCCGCAAGAUGCAGAUGUCCUCAUUAAAGCUACUGGGAAAGAUUCAAAUACGGUGGCCCGAGAGCUUUUGGCACAGUAUCCCUCAUUCCAGCCGUCAGCUCUCAAGGAUAAAACUGCGCAAAGAGCCGUCGUCUUCAUUGACUCAUUGAAUUCUCUUUCUUCGGCAGCCACUCAGUCCCUGGCCGUCUUCCUUUCAAGCAUCAUCACCCCGGUAGUGUCCAUCGUGGGCGUAUAUCACACCGAUGUACCAGUCAUUCUACCAAAAUCAUUCAACGAAUAUGAACCUCACCCGUUUACGCUGCUAUGCCACCUAGCCACAGCUGUAUUGACGCUAUCAAACCUGCGACAAGAAACCGAACGUCAAAAGGCGCGCAACAGAAGCGUCGUAGAGCCAGAAUGGGGCCUUGAAGAACAUCGCGAGGGUAUCCUCAUUGGCCUCGCAGAAAAGGGCAAAUCAGAGGACCAGGUAGGCGUCGUCAUUAACAUGGAACUACGAAGGAGAAGCGGACGGGCCGUCGACGAAAAGUUUAUCCUCAUGCCCGGCUCUGCAGCGACAAAGUCUAGGGUGGGCAAGCUUUGUCUGCUUACGGAUCACCCUAUGUUUAAGAAGCCCGAAGCCGAACAAGGAGACGGAGGAGACGAACAGCCUGAGAGCACCUUUAACUUGGGGCUUACGGAGAAGCAGCGAAAGGAUAGAGAGGGGAUCGUGUUGCCGUACUUUGAUGCGCAGACGGAUAUUGGAGCGGGCGAGGGAGGCAGAAUUCUGUACGAGAUGGGCAGGGAGGAUGACUUUGACGAUGAAGAAGACGAGAUAUAA